GCGGCAGCGGCGGCGGUGGCGGCGGCGGCGUCUGGGAGGUUCAUAAUAACAGUGCUAAGAAAGACAAUGUAAGACGGGGAAAAAUUAAAUAUUUUUACUGAGGAAUAACUGACUCAGAAUGAAACUUUGGAUAUGAUUUCAGAUCACUCCUGUAAACUAUCAAGAGAGAUGUUUAUAAAACACUUGGAACAAUACAGAUUGUACCAAGAAAAUGUGCUUUGAUCAACUCUGGAGAUAUAAAAGAGGGAACUUUAGUCAAAUUCUAUCUGUGAAUGGAAAGGACUGGAAGUUCACCUUAAAAUCUCUUCAACAGGCCAAGUAUAAGAGGUGUCUCAUAUUCCUUGUUAGUGGAACACAAUGGAUCACGGAGGGGCUCUAGACACUGAAGAUGAACUGGGACCUCUAGCCCAUCUUGCUCCAAGUCCUCAAAGUGAGGCUGUGGCUCAUGAAUUCCAGGAGCUCUCCUUGCAGUCCAGUCAGCAUUUACCCUCUCUGAAUGAAAGGAAAAAUGUGCUCCAGCUAAGGCUGCAACAAAGGAGGACAAGAGAACAACUAGUGGACCAGGGCAUCAUGCCACCUUUGAAGAGCCCAGCAGCAUUCCAUGAACAGAUAAAAAGCUUGGAACGAGCCAGAACUGAAAACUUUUUGAAACACAAGAUUCGGAGUCGGCCAGAUCGUUCUGAACUUGUCAGGAUGCACAUUUUAGAAGAAACAUUUGCAGAGCCGUCUCUGCAAGCUACACAGAUGAAGUUGAAACGAGCUCGACUGGCUGAUGAUCUAAAUGAAAAGAUUGCUCAAAGACCAGGUCCUAUGGAGCUGGUGGAGAAGAAUAUCCUUCCUGUGGACUCCAGUGUUAAGGAAGCAAUUAUAGGUGUUAGGAAGGAAAACUAUCCCCACACUCAGGGCGAUUUCUCAUUUGAUGAAGACAGCAGUGACGCUUUGUCUCCAGACCAGCCCGCAAGCCAGGAGUCUCAGGGGUCAGUGGCAUCCCCAAGUGAGCCAAAAGUUAGUGAAUCGCCAUCUCCUGUGACAACAAACACUCCAUCCCAGUUUACUUCAGUGUCCCCAGCAGUUCCUGAAUUCUUGAAAACUCCUCCCACUUCGGACCAGCCUUCUACAAGGUCCACAGCUCCUGUCCUCCCCGCGAACACUGUAUCCUCAGCAAAGCCUAGCCCUGCACUGGUAAAGCAAAGCCAUCCCAAGAAUCCGAAUGACAAACACCGCAGCAAAAAGUGCAAAGAUCCCAAACCCCGGGUAAAGAAGUUAAAGUACCACCAGUACAUUCCACCGGAUCAGAAAGGUGAAAAGCAUGAGCCUCAGAUGGACUCCAACUACGCCCGCCUGCUCCAGCAGCAGCAGCUCUUCUUGCAGCUACAGAUCCUGAGCCAGCAGCAGCAGCACUACAACUACCAGGCCAUCCUGCCUGCACCGACCAAAAAUGACAAAAAUAGUAGCAGUGGAAAUUCAUCCUUGAAUAGUACCACGCCCAACGCACCAAGACAGAAUACAUCUGUUCCUGUGAGAAAACCAGGACCUCUGCCCCCUAGCUUGGAUGACUUAAAGGUAUCAGAACUGAAGACAGAACUGAAGUUGAGGGGUCUGCCAGUGUCGGGCACCAAACCAGACCUCAUUGAACGUCUGAAACCCUACCAGGAGGUGAACAGCAGUGGCCUUCCUCCUGGCAGUAUUGUGGCAGUGUCAUCAGCAGCCAUCGUCACCAAUAACCCAGAAGUCACCAUGGCAUUGCCAAUCACAACACUACAUAAUACUGUGACUAGCUCAGUUUCCACUUUCAAGGCAGAAUUGCCAGCUGCUGUGCCUAGCAGUGUAGCCCAUGUUGAAAAUCUUCAUUCUCCUCUGCCAAUCUCACCAUCACCUUCUGAACAAUCUAGUGUCAGUACUGAUGACACAACCAUGGCAGACACCUUCACUGAGAUCAUGACCAUGAUGUCCCCUUCACAGUUCUUAUGUUCAUCUCCCCUGAGAGUGGUAAACCAUGAAGAUAGUCUGAGCCCCACCAGCAGCACUCUAUCAAGCCUGGAACUAGAUGCUGCCGAGAAAGAUCGCAAGCUUCAGGAGAAGGAGAAGCAAAUUGAAGAGCUAAAACGGAAACUGGAACAAGAACAGAAACUUGUGGAGGUUUUGAAGAUGCAACUUGAAGUUGAAAAACGAGGACAGCAGCAGCAGCGGCCACCAGAACCCCAGCCCAGUACCACUGCUCAUUCUGCUGGCACAUCAGACCAAAAGCAUGGCAUCGGACCUUCCAUCAAGGACGAGGCCUCAUUGCCUGACUGUUCCAGCUCCCAGAAGCCCAUCCCAGCAGCCAGCCACUCUGUAGGCCAACCCAUUUCUGCCAGCGCCCAGACCCUUGUAGCCAAAAAGGCCAUCGUCAUCAAACAAGAGGUCCCUGUAGCCCAGGCAGAGCAGCAGAGUGUAGUUUCACAGUUUUAUGUGAGUUCCCAAGGACAGCCACCUACUGUUGUUGCUCAGCCCCAGACUUUGCUCACCACACAGACUGCUCAGCUGCUGCUCCCAGUGUCUAUCCAGGGCUCCAAUGUCACCUCAGUGCAACUCCCAGUAGGCAGCCUCAAGCUCCAGACUACACCACAAACAGGAAUCCAGACUCAGCCUCAGAUUGCAAACUCUACUCCAGUACCAGCUGCAACCUUGUCCUCGGGGCUCGCUCCCACUGCACCUCAGAAACAAGAUGCUUUCCCACAGCAUGUCCUCAGCCAGCCUCAACAAGUCAGAAAGGUUUUCACAAACUCAGCACCAAAUCCAGUUCUUCCGUAUCCAAGACAAUCUGCUCCAGCAGUCCAGCAGCCCUUUAUUGCUAAGACCUCCAGCAGCGGUCUUCAGUCCAGAACCACCCCACUCCCUUCCCUGCAAAAUGGACCCAACACUCCCAGCAAGCCUAGCUCACCCCCACCACCCCAGCAGUUUGUUGUCCAGCACUCUCUCUUUGGGACCCCAGUCACCAAGACAAAAGACCCACCCCGCUACGAGGACGCCAUCAAGCAGACACGAAGUGCACAGUCAUCCCUUCCAGAGAUUUCCAAUGCACAUAGUCAGCAGAUGGAUGAUCUCUUCGAUAUCCUCAUAAAGAGUGGAGAGAUUUCCCUCCCUAUAAAAGAAGAGCCUUCUCCAAUUUCCAAAAUGAGGCCAGUGACAGCCAGCAUUACCACUAUGCCAGUCAACACGGUAGUGUCCCGGCCACCACCCCAAGUCCAAGUGGCACCACCUGUAUCCUUAGAACCUAUGAGCAGUUUAUCUGCCAGCUUAGAGAACCAACUAGAAGCCUUCUUGGAUGGAACUUUACCUUCAGCCAAUGAAAUUGCUCCUCUACAAACCAGCAGUGAAGACAGAGAGCCCUUUUCUCUGAUCGAGGAUCUCCAGAAUGACCUGCUGAGCCACUCCAGUGUGCUGGACCAUUCACACUCACCCAUGGAGACUUCUGAGGCCCAGUUUGCUACAGGUACUUCCUGUCUAUCUCUUGACCUUUCAGACUCAAACUUGGACAACAUGGAAUGGUUGGACAUCACCAUGCCCAACACAUCCUCAGGGCUAACUCCUCUCAGCGCCACUGCACCAAGUAUGUUCUCUGCUGACUUUCUAGACCCUCAGGAUCUGCCAUUACCGUGGGACUAGCAUCAUAGGUUGCCUGUCUCAGAAUUGAUGAGAUUUCAGAACAAGUAUCUGAGAGAUCAGUUUUUAGAGAUAGCUACCUAGUUGCAUUAUUGCAAUCAAAAUAUGAUGUCAUGGAUGGAAAGCUGUAGCCUGGAAACCAAGUUUGAAAACAUUUCACUAUAUUUAGCAGUGAAUUUCUGCAAUUUAAUAUAGCACAGGGCCUUCUGAAAAAUACACUAGUCCAAGAAGACUCCUCUGUUUUACCAGACUGCAGUAAAAAAUGAAAAGUAACUUUAGACAAAAAUAUAAAGAGUAAAGUAUGCAAGAAAAUGACACUAGGACUCUGGCAGUCAAUUACAUGUGCGCGUAUAUGCUCUCUUUACAACCCUAAAAAAGAGGCAGGCAGGCAGCUCUUCUCACUGAACAAGGCUGUGAGGGCCACGAGAGGUCCCUGCACAUGGCCCUUCCGAGAGCAGCCCGAGCCACGCCAGAAUCCAGCAGGGUCAGACACAGUGGUAAAAGCUGUCCACUGCAGUGUCGGCUACUAGCUGAAGACUUUGGGUUCCAUUCAGAACCUAUGUAAUCUUUUGUGUUAGUUUAUCUUGUGACUUUUGGAGUCUUACUUUAGGUUUCCAAAUUUAACUGAAAGAUAUUUCACCAUAACCAGAUGUCAUGAACAACCCACUGUAAAAAGUCCGGGUAUAUUGAUAACACUGAAAAUUCUAUUAGCAGCUCUCUGGGUUGAUUAGAUUGGUUUUCCUGUGUAUAUUAGACAUUUGUAUGUACAUUCUGAUGUUGUGAUCUGUACAGCCUACAUUAAUUAGGGUAAGGAAAUAGAUACACAAUGGUCCUACUUUUGGCAACUCAAAAUGUUUCUAGAGUACUUGAGCCACAUGCUUUUUUUUCUAUAAAAGAGUUGCUGACUAAUGUUCAGGUAACCAGACCCAUCUCAAAGAACCAAGAAAAAGGCUUUAGCAUAAAAUACCUUCCUGAGCUAAUGAGGUAGACAAUAAGAAGUAAGUGGAGCUGGGGAUACAGUUCAGCAGCAUAAGUGCCUACCUGGCAAGUACAAGGUCCUGAGUUUGAUCCCCAGUACCACCAAAAUAAAUAAAUAAAUAAAAUACGGGGAAAGUCUGUCAUGAGCCCAGGACAGUCCCACCCCAAGCACAGAGGAGGCUGGCUGUCCUUUGCUAUCACCGAUCCCUGGUUCUCCUUUAGCAGAUUCAUAACUGGAUAUUCUACUUGUGCUCUCACUGUGCUUUCAGCCUAUGUUUAAAAACUGGAGGUUUUAUUUUUUAUAGAGAGAAAAAGUUAACGCAUAUGUUGAGUAGUUUCUGAUGAAUUUUCUAAAAUGCCAACUAUAAAGUUUCCUAUAUUUUAAUUUAGUCAUUGAAGUAUAUGUAAAAUGUAAGUGAACAAAACUGAAAUAUUUUAAAGAAGCAUGAAUAUUUUUAUGAAGUAAUAAUACCAUGCUUUUUUUUUUUUUUUUUAAAUACCAUGCUUUUCACUUGACUCUUGCUUAAACCCUGAGGUUAGGUCAAUCCUUGAAUCACUAAAUAGUUAAUAUUCUAGUGAUGUGCAGGUGGCUGGCUGACCCAUUGUUUGGAAAGAAUUUGUGAAUUAUUUUGGGGUUCAUAUUUGGCCUAAAGGUGAUCUUACAUUCAAUUUUUUGUUGUCUAUAAGUUUCACUACGUGUGAAAAAAAAAAAAAAAUGCUUUCCCAGCAUAAGCACCCGGGAGCCCUCUACCACUUGAAGCUUGAGGGGUUAAUAGUACCCACAUGCCUCCUAGCCAUGACACCACUUUACUCAGUGGUGAGAGUUAAGUGUUUAGACAUUGGUAAUCUUGGUGCAUUGGCUGUAGGACCUCUCUGUUAACUAGAACGGUAUCACCUGACCAAGCCAGCUUGGGCUGACCAUGCUGGAGCUGAGUGAAGCCUCAGUCUGUCCCUCUGACAGCGCCAUCUCCAAGCCAGAGCAUUUGAUCAGGAAGGGGCUUUUCCAAUCAGGCCUUGUCUCUGGGUGUUUGCUCAGAGCUUCUGUCUGGGGUUGUCAAGUCCAUAGAAUUGAAUGGCUUGUUAAAUUAGCAGUAAAUACCAGUGGGACUGCAGGAAACAACUGAAAACCUAGUGCUGUUAACUUGCAUUCAAGAACCUAGCAUUUCCCCAAUCCUGAGUUGUAAUCUUAGAUAAUUUUCUGAUCCUUGGGUUCCUUCAUUACUUUUUUUAAAAAGGUAUUGAAAUUUGCCAUAAGAAGGUUGCUCUCCAAAAACACAAUGCCAUGCAAAAAAUGCCAUCUCCUUGGCAGUUCAGUCAGAGAGAAUAGGCUGAAGUGCCUACUACACACAUGUGUUCGAGCCUUGAAUGUCAUUCUCAUUGUUCAGAAAGUGAAGAAUCUCUAGCUUAUGAACCCACAGCUGCUGUCUCACUCGACCAUUCCACAUGGCCCUCCUCUGCUGCCAGCAGAUACCUGUGACAUGAGUGCUGCUCUUCAGGACCCACCCCCUGUUCCACGCAUGCGUGUGUCACGACCAAAGACCGUACUCUAUAACAAGGCCCUUUAAUCCAAUUUUGUAUCUUGGUAAAUGCAAUGGGAAGGUUGCAUUUCCUGUAGGUGACUUUUGUUUAAGGUUAGUUUCACAGCCAUUAAAGCACAAGUCAAAAUAGCCAGUUGAAUUUUCACUAUGCAUGUGUGUAGUUUAGACAUGGUACUUUUGUGUGCUAUAUUACAGAGUAUCUUAUUGCCAAGAAAAUAACCCCUAGAAAUGUAUUCUGUCACAACCCCCUCUUAUUUUCCUGCAUAUUCUCAAAACAUAGGAGGAUUGACCUUUUCUUUUACUGUACAUAGGUAUCAAAUCUUAUUGGGGGUGAGAUGAAUAAAAAGAAUUACACUAAAGCUUCUAGAAAAUCUUGAAAGUGUAGGGGUAUGAGGACAUCUCACUCAAUUUAGUAAAGCAUCUAUUAGGAAGCCUCUUAGGACAGCGUCAUGUUCUAGUGGUUUCCUGAAAUGUUUCAUCUACUUAAUAGGAUUUGCUACAUAAUUGUACACAGAUGCAUUCUGAAUUUGUGAAAAUAUUUGCUAAGAUACUAUUUCAGUUCAUUUCAUGUGAAUAUUUUAGUAAUACUAAGAGGUCUUGUUUAAACUUCCUUUUUUAAAGUUGCAUGGCUCUGCGACUGGUAUGACUGACAAUUUCUUAGAAACUGGGGCAAAGGCAGCCUGGUGUUACCCCAAGCUGCAUCUCAGGAAGGCAGCGUCAUGGAAAUAAGAUAGCACCACCAAACCGUGUAGUCAGCGGACACUGAGUGACACCUAAGAGCAUGUUACCCACUUUAUCACUGAAGCUGACUCAGGUUUCCUUUGCCCUCAGCCUCUGAUCAUAACAGGUUUCUUCAGGGUCUUUUCAGAAUUCCCAGGCAGAAACCAACCACAACAGCUGACCAAGCAGCUGUCCUCACAGUGACAGGGCAGUCCUUUUCCUGUCUUCAGAAGGACUUGGCUAUAGUGAAGCGGCAAAGCACUCUGGCAAGGUUGAAACUAUCUGAGAGGAGCCUACACUUCAGCAUACACUUUCAUGCCACUUCUGCAGGCUCUGGUAGAGGCUGCCUCAUGUGAGGAGCUCCUGGUACUGCUGGAGACUUCAGAGAAAUGGAAAGAUAAUAGCAGUUCAGUAUACCAGCAGAACAACACAGAGUAACCAAACUCACAAAUAACCCUACUGCUUACUGUCACUGUACACGUGAAUGCUGAGUACUGGCACACAUUGACCCACUGCCCUAGAGUACAUGAAAUUAGCCCAAGCAAGCCAAGACCAUUAACUGGAAGGUCAGGUUUACCAAGAAACACAGCUUACCAGUGCAUAAAUGUGUAUUUGGAGAGUAUCCUACCUGUAUUUCAGCUGAACUUUUAAGUGAUUUCAAUCAAAACUGGAAUAAUAACGAGAAGUAAUUCUUUUCCUGGUUCAAACCUUCGAUCAUUUGCUCCUUGAACAAUCUUUCUUGCUUUUAUUUGUAAAUGACUAUCUACUGGUGAUAAGCAGGUCCCAUUUAUUCCCCACUUAGCCUUUCUUACAGUAUCUGAAGAAAUGCACCGUUGCAAAGGAUUUCUACCUGAACUCUCAUUGAAGGCCUGUAAUUCAAAAAGCUGCACAUGUUUACAAAAGAGCUCUCAUCCUCCACACACAUACACUGCUCUGUGAAUCAUGAUUGGAAAAUUUCAGUUUUAAGACAACAGGAUGGCAAUCUGAGAUCCACAAGGUGCUGUCUAGAGUCAUAAUCUAUGUUAAUAACAUAAUCUAUGUUAUUGGAGAUGUCAACACAGCCAUAGUAGGUAACAGAGCUUUAUGCCAACUGCUAAGAUAAAGCUUUAACGAAGUUUAGAGAAUCACCGAAUGCAUAACAAUUACCUCUCUACUUUUUGCUAUAAAGAAUCUUGUUAAUUUGCUAGGAAAAGGAAACAUUUAGGGAAGACUGUAGUAUCUACCAAAAGUACUUGACCUCAAGUAAUCAAUAGUAAUGCACAAUGCUUUAAAGGAACCAAAGGCAUUGCCAAGUAUUUGCCAAAUGGGGGCACUUUUUAUUUAAAAUUUGAGACUAAUGAGAUCUCAAAAAUCAGUCCCAAGAAGGUAUUAUCCAUUUAAAGUUAUAAUUUUCACAAAGAUGUAGAUAUUUCUCUCUUGUUUUCAUGUAAAAUAGUAUAGAGUUGUUUUGUUGGUUUGAGAAUAAUACAUAUUUGGUAGUAUUACAAAGUUUUUUUCUUUUCUGUGUAGAAAUUAGUUUUCUUGCUUGAAAUAGAAAUGCAAUGUAAUAGAUAUUUCUCUUAUUUUCAUUGUCACAUUAUGUCUUAGCAUCUCACUUUAUGAAAAAGAGGAGAAAGAUACCAAUCUGCAGAGCCCUGCUUCUUAAAAGCACUAGCUUAAUAAAAAGUUAUGGCUGCUGGGGGUCCAUUCAUUUAUUGCCUUUCUGUUGUUUCUUU